AUGUUUUUCAUUCUUGUCCUCCUUUCCACCUUAUUUUCUAUCUAUCUGUUUCAUCUUCUUUACUGGAAAAGAAGAAAUCUGCCACCUGGUCCCACACCACUUCCAAAGUUUGGAAAUUGGUUGUCUAUGGUGUUCCCUAUGCCCGGAUAUGAAUGUUUUAGAAACUGGACGAAGAAGUAUGGAGAUGUCUACACGUUUUGGCUAGAAUCAGAGCCAUACGUCAUAAUCGGUUCGUAUGAGAGAAUGAAGGAGACAUUCAUCCGAGAUGGUGAUACUUAUGUGAACAAAAAAUUCAAUGAAGCAAUUGCGAAGUUUCGAGAUGGAAUGUUUGGAGUCGUCGACACUAAUGGACAGUUCUGGAGCACUCACCGCAGAUUUGCACUUUCGAAUUUCCGAGAUCUAGGCUUUGGAAAAGAUCUCAUGCAGCAAAAAAUCCUUAUCGAAGUUCAAGAAAUCUUCAGAAAGUUUGAUGAAAAAGUUGGAGAAGAGCAGAAUAUUCCGAAAGUUUUCAAUAAGGGAGUUGCCAACGUGAUCAACCAACUAAUCUUUGGCUAUAGAUUUGAUGAUGAGAAAGAGGAAGAGUUCCAAAAGUUGCAAGACCUUCUGGAGUAUCAGCAGAAGGCGUUCACGAGUUGGAAGAUUAUUGUAGCGUGUGUGGUGCCAUUCUUGAGUCGAUUCAUGCCAAAACCAACUGUUGAUGAGUUAAUUGAGCAAUACAAAACAGCAUUCUAUGGAUUUUUCAAUUCUCAAAUUGAGGAGCAUCGCCAGAAAAUUGACUUUGACUCCGAAGAGAACCAAGAUUACGCUGAAGCCUAUCUGAAAGAACAAAGGAAACGAGAAGCUGAAGGAGAUCUUGAGACGUUCAGUACCCAACAACUAUCCAAUAUGUGUAUGGAUCUCUGGCUCGCUGGACUGGGCACUACUACUUUAACUCUAUCCUGGUCUAUUGCCUACGUUUUGAACACCCCUGGAGUUCAAGAGAAAAUGCAUGAAGAGUUGGACAGAGUGAUCGGAGGAGAUAGGUUGGUAUCAAUGGCUGAUAAGAAUGAUCUACCCUUCAUGAAUGCAGUUGUCAAUGAGUGUCAACGAUGUGCAAAUAUAGUUCCGAUUAACUUGUUCCAUGAGACCACUAAAGACACUGUAAUCGGAGGAUACCCUAUCAAAAAGGGAACUGGAGUGAUCGCUCAAAUCAGUAGUGUUAUGUUGGAUGAAACAGUGUUCUCUGAACCGUAUAGUUUCAAUCCGGAUCGUUUUAUUGAUGAGAAUGGGAAGUUGAAGAAAAUCGAAGAGCUAGUCCCAUUCUCCGUUGGAAAACGGCAGUGUCUUGGCGAAGGACUCGCUCGGAUGGAAUUGUUCCUGUUCAUUUCCAACUUUUUCAACAGAUAUCAGAUCUCACCAUCCACUGCCGGUCCACCACCAAUCGAUAAAACGAAAGAAUUGGGAGUUACGGAUAGAAAAUUUGAUGGAAUCUUGACGAAAAGAAACUAA